AAGCGGCCGUUUACAGUGCACAGUUCGAUUUGUUUUGGUUUAUGCAGACUGCGUUUUGUCACGGGGAACCAAGGUCCACCGUAGCACUCUAACCUGACCGUUACACAUCUUUGACUCACUGCCAGACCCUCCCGACAACUCCUCCUCCGAGGUCGGUGUUUCGCCACCCCUUUUUCAGGGCCGCCGCCUCCCUCGUAGCUCCGUUAUCGGACCCUAGAAGCUGGCCCGCUAGUUAGCAAACAAGCUAACGACUGCCAGAUUUCACCCAUGUCCUCUGAAGAAGGGUUGAGCUCAACGAUCACGGAUUGGCUUUUCAUUAAUUCCUGGUGGCUCCUUCUGCCAUUCAUUAUGCUACUUGUAGUCGCUGCCUUCAUUGUUGCCUUUGUGUUGCUGUUAUACAUGAUAUCGCCCCUAAUUAGUCCUAAACCGCUGAAACUGAACGGGGCCCACGUCGUGGUGACAGGAGGCUCAAGUGGGAUUGGGAAAUGCAUUGCAAUUGAGUGCUACAGGCAAGGAGCAUUCAUCACUUUGGUGGCACGAGAUGAGGUUAAACUGCUUCAAGCAAAGAAAGAGGUGGAGAAAUUUGCCAUCAAUGACAAGCAGGUGGUGCUCUGCAUAUCGGUGGAUGUCUCCAGUGAUUACAGUCAGGUGGAAAGUGUGAUAAAACAGGCUCAGGAGAAGCUGGGGCCUGUUGAUAUGCUUGUGAACUGUGCUGGAACGUCCAUUUCUGGAAAGUUUGAGGAAGUGGAGGUAGACCGUUUUAAAAAACUGAUGGAAGUUAACUACCUGGGCAGCGUUUACCCAACCCGGGCCGUCAUAACCACCAUGAAGGAACGAAGGAUGGGCCGCAUCAUGUUUGUGUCCUCACAAGCUGGCCAGAUUGGCCUGUUUGGAUACACUGCCUACUCCCCAUCCAAGUUUGCCCUGCGUGGCUUAGCAGAGUCGCUGCAGAUGGAAAUAAAGCCGUACAACAUCUAUGUGACUGUGGCCUACCCCCCUGACACUGACACUCCAGGACUGGCUGAGGAAAAUAAGACAAAGCCUCUGGAGACCAAAUUAAUCUCCGAAACAUCUGGAGUUUGCCAGCCAGAUCAAGUGGCCAAAAUCGUUGUGCGAGAUGCAGUGCAGGGGAACUUCAACAGCUCUGUGGGGCCCGAUGGUUACAUGCUGUCAGCCCUCACCUGUGGAAUGUCACCUGUCACCUCCAUCACAGAGGGUCUCCAGCAGAUUGUUACCAUGGGAUUGUUUCGGACCAUCGCCCUCUUCUACCUGGGGAGUUUUGACAGCAUUGUGCGCCGUUGCAUGAUUCAAAGGGAGCAGUUAAGAGCAGCCGACAAGAGGGAGUAACAGCAGCCUUACCUUCUUCAUGGCCUAGUGCCCCCUUCCUCCUACUCUACAUCCCUCCCCAUCCCAUCCCUUCCUCUCCUCCAGCUGUAAAAGUGCACAACCGUAGGCGGGGGGAAAAAGGCCAAGCUUUGAGUGUGUUUCUGAUAACAGCUUAACAGGAUUGGAUGAAAGAGAACAGCAGAUGUUUACUCUUUGCUUGUCCAGUGACAUAACUUCCCCAUAGACUUCACAGCCAUUUCGAUUUUUCUAUCCAGAGCAUUCCAGUGACUUUUCGGUUUUAAUGUGUCCACCUGCUUCUUUUUGUGGGAGCAGCCUUACUAUAGGGGAAAGAGGGCAGACAAAACAUCCCACAGCCUGGUUUUUAAAGUAGUUAGGCUUUGUGAACCACUUACAUUUUAGAUAUCAGCCCCCCCUGCCACUACUCGCACAGUGUUGUUGUUUUUCUUUUUCUUUUUUUUUCCCCUCAUGAAAAGAAAAAGCAGCAGAUAGCCUGUCUGACCAGUUGUGCCAAAUACAGCUUGAAAUUCCCUCCCCCCAGGGGCUGUAGUGAAAACCAGAAUGGUAACUGUCACCUUUUGCCAUAUUAUUGCAUGUAUCACAAAACUAGCUCCACGUCAUAUGAAUUUUACUGUUUUCACUAAACAAGUCCCUUCCUCUCUUCCUCUACCGUUUCGUACCACGAGUCUUUGCAGGCAAAGCACCUUCCUUUUUAACUGAAUGACCUCUGUGUUUGAAACUAGUUGUGACCCCCAGCGUUUUGUUUAUGCUGUGGGAUGUUUUGUUUUUGUGCUCUGUGUGAACCAAACCAGGAUGUGAUACAACAGUACUCUUCAGUGAUAUCAGAGUGAGAGAGAGAGAGCGUGUGAUGUUUUUAAGUGUUUUUUUUUUUUAUUUUACUAAUGCAAAAACAUAAUUUCCAGAAAAUAAUAUUCAAAAAAAUUCAAUGCAGUGUUGGGGUAAUGAAUUUUUGGGUGAACUGUUCGCAUGACCAAGUGUCUGUUUUGUGUUUUUUGCUGUGACUGAGCCAACCCACGGGGAGAGAAAAGCCAUUAGAUUUUUAUCGUCUCGGGAAUAAACACACCAAAUUAUUUUCUCGUCAUCCCAGUUUAUGUCGUUGAGAAACGAAAGGCAGGUACUAUGGGGUUGAAGCCAUGACGUUAAAACAUGGGAGAAAAAAAAAUAACACCAGCUCAGGUGAUUUCACUUUUCACCUGUGCAUUUGAUCUUCAAGUUCACUACACUUUUUUUCUUAAAUGUGUGUGUAUGUGUGAAGGGAAGCAUAUCAUUUUUACAUGCAGUUUGGUGUGUGUGUGUCUGUGCACAUAUUCAGCCGCCCUGUUCGAGAUCCAACUGGGAUCCGUAAUCUGUCGGGGCGGUGCAAGUCAGGGCAGGGCAAGACUCGCUGGUUCAAGUCAUGUCCCUGUAGGUCUAGUGAGGGCGCUAGAGAUUUGUUUUACAUAAAGGCCAAAAUAGUAGAGGGACUAGCAUGAAAGUGUGAUAUCCCCCUCCCCCUUGUCCCUCUGAUUUUGACCUGCUGUCACUGUGUCAUGCACAGUCGGGACUUUGUAACUCCCUAAAUAACUAUCGAUUCCCUCCUGAUUUCUUGUCAAGCCUUGUAUUUACCACAACCUUCUUAUUGUUUUGCAUAUAGAGGGGAAAAAAGUACAGCAUCGACUCUUGCAAGUCUUCCUUUGGUCCAUCACAAACGGGGAGAAUGUACUUUAAUACAAAGCAUCCAAAUCAGAACAUAGGAAUAUUAUUUUUAAAUACACCCAACAUUUGAAUGCCAAAAUGUGUUAAGACAAUUUCUGUAGAUGAAAUGCAUUUAUUUUGAGAUUUAUUUCUAUGUUGCUGCUCUGUUGAUCUUUAGAGUUAGUUCGUAAAAGACGUUGCAGCAGUGUGGGGACCCAUUCUAAAGCCUUAAGACGUGACUACUGAUGAAGCUAAUGCUAAAAGAAUGGACCUGUCCACAGAACAAUGUGGCUUAACCCACAGGUGGUUUACCAGUUAAUGACUUUUCAGUGUGAAAUGCCAACUGUUUUAGUGUCAUUUUUUUGUCAAUUUCUGGUCUUUGUAUGACAAGAAGAAGCCUUACUGAAACCCAAGAUAUGAAAGUGAGAAUGGAUGACUCAUGUUUGAUGAUGUUCUCAUUUGACAUUGGUUUAAAGGCAUACUGUCCUGCACUCAAGAGCUUUUCAUAAUUGUACAUUUAUUGCUUUCAGAAGUUCUCUUUUACCCUGAGGUAGCAACACGCAUAGUCAAUAGAACAUGUAGCCCAUAUAAAAGCAGUUUUGAUUUAACACCUUUAAGCUAUGCAAAUGAAGCCUAUGCUUACAAUAUGUUAAACAUAUGGUCGAGAUCUAAGUUCUGUAACAGUCGCUAAUUUCCCCUAUUUAAUGGUGUCAUCAUCAGAUACUUGAUAUUGAGUUAAGUAUUGAACAUGAAAGUCAUAAUGCACUCGUUUCAUUCUUCUCUCUUGCUUUUUACUUUUUUUUCUGCCAAAAAACUUAACACCUUCACCUUGUGUGCCAUUGAAAGAAAAUGUGAGAAGUGAACGUUUCUUUGUCUUAUUUUCUUACACGAUAAACUAAAUAAAUACCUGUGAGGGAAAAAAACAAAAUCAAAUCCCUCGUCUUCA